GUUCAACUGGUGGCUGAGAAACUAUCUUGUUUUGUCUGUCACCUAUAUUUCCCACCACAAUUUUCAGAAACUCUGCUCCACUUCUUCACUUCCAUUUUCUCAAAGGUUAAUUCCUUUACCCAAUCAAUCCUCAUGGAUACUCUAUCUAGCUCAGUUUCUUCACUCACAGUUCCAAACCUCCGCAGAUACUCUGCUGAUUUCUAUCAUUUCAAGAAUCCCUAUACAACAACAUCAUCUUCCUCCUCACCCCACUUUAAUUUCCCAAAACCAACUUCAAUCUCAAACAAAACCAACUAUUUUACCCAUAAAAAGACUACCAAUUUCCCAUUUCUAUCUAAAAGCCCACCUCCCAAACAACCCUUCUCUAAGCAUCAAACACUUCAUACUAGAUCUUCAAGUGGCUAUGCUGCAGCACUUAUAGACAUAGCUAACAGAAACAACUCACUUGAAAAACUCGAUAAAGACGUAAGGAGGUUAUCAAGAUGGUUAAGAAAUGACCAGCUACGUGUUGUUAUGACAGACCCUUUUGUGGGAAAUCAAGAAAAAGGGUAUGUUCUUAAGGAGAUAUUGUCUAAGGGGAAUUUCAACAAACACUUGGUGGGUGUGGUGAAGCUUUUGAUGGAGAAGAAUAAAUUGGGGAUUGUAGAUGAAGUUUUGAUGGAAUUUGAGAGGAUUUAUGAUCAGCUUUGUGGGACACAAGUGGUUUUGGUUUCAUCAGAGGUGAAAUUGGAGAAAGAUAAAGUGUAUGUUAUUGCUAAGAAGGUACAACAACUUAGUGGGGCUGAAAAAGUGAAGGUCAAGGUAAGAAAUUUGGUUGAUGAUAAGAAAAGGUCACGCUCCUUUGCUCUGUGACUUUUAACUUUUGAAUAUUUUUAAGAUUUAGAAUCCGUGAAUUCUGCUUUUUAUAUACUUAUCAACUUUUAUUUUAUAUGUAUAUGUGAGAAAUAUGAUUGUGGCUAAUCUUGAUCUACUAUUGAUUUUGCUUAAA